UUUGUCCUGGACGACUUGCUGUAGUUGCCGGGUGUUGGAGGUCGGGCAUGCCCGUGAAGCAUCCACUGCGAAAUGCAAUGAAAGCACGGAAAAGAGUGUGAAUAACAUGAAAUUACAGAGAAGUGUGCCACAAAUUACUCUUUAAAUAUGAUUUUCUGCUGAGCUGAUUAAUCGUAAAUUGAGAAGUAGCGCGUAGAAAACAGAGAGGAGCGCCGAAAACUGUGCGUCCGUUUUGUCCUACAAAGGCGCCGAGAGUUUGACAGCGGCAGGACUUCUCUGCGCAGGCCUGACGUUAGGUAAAGUGCUGGAGGAGGACGGCAUCCAAAGGACUACAUGACAUUAUAAAGACAGUCCUUUCUGAAGAGGGAAGCAAGCUGAAACAUGAGAAAGGACGUGAGGAUACUACUUGUUGGGGAACCCAAGGUGGGGAAGACAUCACUGAUAAUGUCUCUGGUCAGUGAGGAGUUUCCUGAUGAGGUUCCCCUUCGAGCUGAGGAGAUCACCAUCCCAGCUGAUGUCACUCCAGAGAGGGUGCCCACACACAUUGUGGACUACUCUGAGGCAGAACAGUCAGACGAACAGCUAUACCAAGAAAUAUCAAAGGCAAAUGUCAUCUGCAUAGUUUACUCAGUCAACAACAAGAAGUCCAUUGAAAAGGUGACAAGCCACUGGAUUCCCCUCAUAAAUGACAGAACGGACAAGGAUAGCAGGGUACCAUUGAUCCUUGUGGGGAACAAGUCGGACCUGGUGGAACACAGCAGCAUGGAGACCAUCCUGCCGAUCAUGAAUCAAUACCAGGAUAUCGAGACCUGUGUAGAGUGCUCGGCCAAAAACCUGAAGAACAUCUCUGAGCUGUUCUACUACGCCCAGAAGGCUGUUCUCCACCCGACAGGACCCCUGUACUGCCCAGAGGAAAAGGAGUUGAAGCCUUCUUGUAUUAAGUCGUUAACUAGAAUCUUUAAAGUGUCUGAUCUGGACAACGACGGCAUCCUUAAUGACAAUGAGCUCAACUUCUUCCAGAGAACAUGUUUCAAUACACCACUGGCGCCUCAGGCCUUAGAGGAUGUGAAGAAUGUGGUCAGGAGGAACAUGACAGAUGGAGUCAAGGAUAACGGACUUUCACUCAAAGGUUUCCUGUUCCUGCACACCCUCUUUAUACAGCGAGGUCGACAUGAGACCACCUGGACUGUGCUGAGGAGGUUUGGUUAUGACGAUGACCUGGAGCUCACACAGGAAUACCUGUUCCCCAUGAUAAAGAUGCCCCCAGACUGCACCACAGAGCUUAACCACAAUGCUUACCUCUUCCUCCAGAGUGUCUUUGACAAACAUGACAAAGACAGAGAUUGUGCACUGUCGCCAGAGGAGGUGAAGGACUUGUUCAAAGUGUUUCCCUACAUGCCCUGGGGCCCAGAUGUCAACCACACGGUUUGCACUAAUGAAAAGGGAUGGAUCACAUACCAGGGAUACCUCUCCCAGUGGACGUUAACAACAUAUCUAGAUGUACAACGUAGUCUGGAGUAUUUAGGUUAUCUUGGCUACUCUAUCAUCUGUGAACAGGAGUCCCAGGCAGCUGCUAUUACAGUGACUAGGAACAAGCGCAUCGAUCUGCAGAAGAAACAGACCCAGCGCAGUGUCUUCCGCUGCAACGUCUUGGGGGCCCGAGGCAGCGGGAAGAGUGGUUUCCUCCAAGCUUUCCUGGGCAAGAACCUGCAGGGACAGAGGCGGAUUAGGGAAGACCACAAGUCCUUUUAUGCCAUCAGCACGACCUAUGUUUAUGGUCAGGAGAAGUACCUGCUGCUCCAUGAGGUGAUGCCAGAUUUUGACUUCCUGUCUGAGGCGGACCUAGCCUGUGAUGUGGUCUGCCUGGUGUAUGACAUCAACAAUCCACGCUCUUUUGAAUACUGCGCCAAAGUGUACAAGCAAUACUUCAUAGAUAGCAAGACGCCAUGCGUGGUGAUUGCCGCCAAGUCUGACCUGCACGAAGUACGGCAGCACUACAGUCUCUCACCGCACGAGUUCUGCCGUAAGCACAAGCUCCACCCACCCCAGCCGUUCACAUGCAGUACGACCGAAGCACCCAACAAAGACAUCUACACUAGACUCACCACCAUGGCUAUGUAUCCUCACGCCCGUCUCCGCUGCAUGUGCGCCUGCAACAGGUGCACCUAUUGCCUGUGUCAGAACCUCCUCAAGUUGGAGCUGCUGCGCAGUAUUAAGGCCCAACUCCGCAGGGUCGUUUUCAACAGCUCCAGCCAGCCCACCUGCUCUCUGUACAGUUUGACACAGCGAAGUGUGACCAGGCUGUGCCAGCUAACACACAGGCUGCUAGCCAGGGAGGUGACAGUGUGUUCAUUCACAUGUUUUUGGCUGCCCCUCUUCCUUUUUCUCUUGCACGUGUUCACCCUCUGCUAAUCUGUCUGCUGUUGUGUUGCAUGGCUAACCUGUUCACUACCUCUUUAGAUAACCAAAGGCAUGCCUCGCUCAUUAGCUCGGAAUAGAUUUCUCUAGGGAAUCUGUCCAAUUCUACAGUACAGAGAGCUUGGUGUUUUUAGAAUGAUUAGGUGGGGGGGCGGGCGGCAUUGAACCACAAUGCAGGGUUUGAAUGGCUGUUUAUGGUGUUGGAUUGUGUUGUGUGUUUUCAGAUUUUUGGCAAAUAAGUGAUUAUUGUAAGCCCAACAAUGGCAUAAAAUGUAGGGCUUCUGGUUGGGAGUUGAUGGGCCCAGGCAGAGCUACAUACUGUACGGUGCAUCCAGUAUUAACCCUUUGUCUUGGUACUUUUUUAACCUCUGGGAGUUGUUGACAACAUUCAUAGCAUGACACUUGAUGUGCCAGGGGGCCGACUCACAACAUUGAAUGCCCACUGGUUUUCUGAAAAGUGGAUUGGUUGGCUGGGUUAGAUGAUGUUAUUUUAAUUUUACAUAGUAUGACAUUGACAUUGUAAUUUAAGUCAUCUUGCAUAGUGUGCAAUAUUGAAAUAACUUCUUAGGUCACCAAAAUUACAAGCAGUAAAUUGUCGGGCCACUUAAGAAACUUAGUUCAGAGGGAAAAUAAAAUGUUGAGUCUUUAACGAUUUAUUUUGGUUGCUCUUUAAUUUGUUACAAAUCAGAAAAUCCCUACUAAAAAAAGUGCCAUAUGUCUGUAUUAUGUAAGGGUCAGCCGUAGAGAAGGUAGGAACAAACUUAAGACAACUAGAGAUGUACUAUAUUUCCCAAAAAACUUGCACUCGACUCAAAAUGAUGAGAUUCACUCUUGGAAUGGCUCAAUAUUUUCAGUCUGGCUGCCAUGUGGUGUGUACAGUCUGCAUAUGUGAUAUGUGAGGUGUGUGUAUAGCCUUUUUUGUCAUAGAUUUAAGUGUGCGGUGACAUUUGACCAGGUAUGCAGUCAUGAUUGAGCUUGUGCUUUAAGGGUUUGGGUGGUGAUGGAAGUUCUCUACUUUUCGGGCUGGGUAGAGCUAGGUGAUGUGAGAGAGCUAGGUGUAACUAUUAAUGCUUAAACAAAAAACUGAAUCUAAACAAGUAAUAUUUCACCUGCCCAAAAGAAUCCUUAGUAAUGUCGCCAAGAAACGGAAUAAACUGAAUCAUAUUCUGUCAAAAUUCAGAUCACAUGUAGCCUUAGAUCACAAUAUAAGUUUAUUUUGAUGUCUCCCAGCCAUGGUUCUGAAGUUUUGAAAAGAGAGAAAAUGUAAAUAAUUAAAUGGUAAUGAAGAUGAGUACAAAAGCAAGUGCAAGCAUUCAUAAAGACUAAAUUAAUAAUUAAUCAAGAAAGUAAAUGGCGGACUAAUCGCCAAUAAAAUAGUUGUUAAUUGCAGCCAAUUUUAAUAUGAAGUAUCACCCAGCUCUACCUUGUGUGUGUGUGUGUGUGUGUGUGUGUGUGUGUGUGUGUGUGUGUGUGUGUGUGUGUGUG